AAAUAAGACAGAAUUGAAACCAUCAAAGAAGGCAUAACGCCCACAAUUUCCUGAAUCAGUCUAUUUGCUAUUUGAUCCCAUUAAAUCCAAGAUUUUCUACCUUUCUUAACGCAGAAUCUGCUCUUUGAAUAAUAACAUUUGUUCCAAAUUUUCUCUUCUUUUUCUAAUUUCAUUUCCGGGACACUAAACAAGGUUUUGGUAUUUUGGGUCCUUUUCUAAUCUAUCGAAAAGGUUGUAAAUGGGGGAAUCAGCGGUAAAGAAGAGCACGAAGGCGGAGAAAAUGAGGUGGAGAUGGGUGAUUGGAGCUUCAGUUACAAUCGUUCUUGCUAUUGCUUUGGCUUUAAGGACAACACCAAAGAUCCCUCUUAAAUCUGGAGACGCUAGCAAGACGUGUGAAUGUUCUAAGGACAAACACAUGCAUAGUGGGAUUGUAGAGGAUUGUUGUUGUAAUUAUGAGACUGUGGACCAUCUUAAUGGUGAAGUAUUACAUCCCUUACUUCAGGAACUGGUCAAAACCCCAUUUUUUCGGUACUUCAAGGUUAGAUUGUGGUGUGAUUGCCCAUUUUGGCCUGAUGAUGGCAUGUGCCUUUUGCGGGAUUGCAUUGUUUGUGAAUGUCCAGAAAGUGAAUUCCCUGAUGCAUUCAAGCCGAAUCUUCGUACCCUUCCAUUUCUUGACCUUAAGUGCCAAGAAGGAAACCCACAGUCUGCUGUUGACCGUACACUAGAUAGUAAAGUUUUUAGAUCUGGGUGGACAGAAACAGAUAACCCCUGGACUUAUGAUGAUGAGACUGAUAACUCUGAGAUGACUUAUGUGAAUCUUCAACUGAACCCAGAGCGCUAUACUGGUUACAGUGGUUCACCGGCUAGAAGGAUAUGGGAUGCUGUCUACUCAGAAAACUGUCCCAAAUAUCCGGCUGAAGAGUUAUGCCAAGAAGAAAAAAUACUGUACAAGUUGAUUUCUGGUGUUCACUCAUCUAUUUCGGUCCAUAUAGCUUCAGAUUAUCUACUUGAUGAAGCCACAAAUUUGUGGGGCCACAAUCUCGAAAUACUGUAUGAUCGGGUUUUACAAUAUCCAAAUCAUGUUGAAAACUUGUACUUUGCAUUUCUCUUUGUUCUUCGAGCUGUGACAAAAGCAACUGAGUACUUGGAACAAGCUGAAUAUGAUACAGGUAAUCCAACCGAUGACCUUAAGACGCAAUCCCUAAUGAAGCAGCUACUUUAUAAUUCAAAACUGCAAGCUGCAUGCCCACUUCCAUUUGAUGAAGCUAAAUUGUGGAAAGGACAAAGAGGACCAGAACUGAAACAGAAAAUACAAUCACAAUUCAAAAAUAUCAGUGCGGUGAUGGACUGUGUAGGGUGUGAAAAAUGUCGACUCUGGGGAAAGCUUCAGGUUUCUGGUCUUGGAACUGCAUUGAAGAUUCUGUUCUCUGUUAAUGGUGAGGAGAACUUGGUUCAGACUUUGCAGAUGCAAAGGAAUGAAGUAAUUUCACUAAUGAAUCUACUCAAUCGACUAUCAGAGUCUGUAAAAUUCGUGCAUGAAAUGGGACCGGAAGCUGAAAGACUCGUCAAAGGAAAGAUACAUUCUCCCACUAGGUUGAAUGGCCUAGUGCAAAGGAUAUUGGCAUCAAUUGUUAGGACAUAGGUGAUGAUGAUAAAAAGAUGAGAAACUGAGCUCCAAGGAACCACACAUUUCUUUUUGGAAAGCUAUAAGAUUAGGGUUUUGGAGAGAUAAGCUGGCAAGUGUACAAUCAGACAAUUUUGUCAUAGUUGCAGAUUUUGAAAUCAAAUGUAAAACAGGACUAGAGAAAAAUAAUAGAGAAAUUAAAAUUACCCUGA